UCGAUCAAACCCGCUGCGCCGCUGGAUCGGCCUUCUUUUACAUUCAUCGACCAUGAUGAUGACUUGACCUCCAAGAGGAUCAAAGAUGUCAACGCUCGCAAGGCAAUCCGCUCCCAUGUUAUGCGUGAUGUGCGUCGACGGGAGCGACUUGCCGGGCUGAAGAGAAGCUCCAGGCGCGAAAGUCGGUCUCAACCGGUGUCCAGAUCAUCGAGCGAAGGAAAUCUCGAGGAGCGGAGGCUAGUCCUGAGAGCAGCCUCUCAGUCAUCUACUUCGUCCAUAGUAGAAAAGUCCGAGUCCGAUGAUAGCUUUGUCUAUUCAAAACACCGAGGACGACCCGUUAGGUGGAGUGCUGGGAACCCUUUGUCUCCCCCUCCAAACCCAAGUCCACACUCUCUCCCCACGGCAUGGUUCUUCGAUCCUUUUUGUUCUCUACCGGGAAUUACGGAGCUUCCUACCAUGGUCGGGCACUUGGUAUACUAUUGGAAAACCGUUUUUGUUCCCAUGACCUUUCCGAACGAGCUCAGAGGGAGUCAAGACACAAAAGAGGUUGAGCUCAUGGUACGGUCAUCCUUCUCUGAUCCAGGAAGCUUUUUCGGCCUUAUGAAUUCCACAAGCCGAUCGGUUGAACGAACUGUCAAUGACACCGACUACUGCAUCAUGAAAGCAAAGUCAAUUCGAGAAAUGAAUGCCAAAGUCAGAGAUCCUCGUCGAGCACUGAGCGAUGAGGCAUUUGAUACAAUUAUCAACCUUCUUACAGGCGCAUUAAUUGCCGGCUUAUUUGAUGAGGCAAGAAUUCAUUUAGCUGGCCUUAAACGCAUGGUAAAUCUCCGAGGCGGCAUCAUGGAUAAAAGUAUCCGAUCUGCUUCAAUGUUGGCUGCAAUUAUCACGACCGAUAUCAAAGCUGCUACGGGCCUUCUGGUCAGGCCUGUAUUUCCCUUGACUUGGGAAGCACAACCAGUACCACAAGCGGUUCAGCAGCGAUUGCGGCCGCCCACAUCCGCACCAUCCCAUCGACUCGGAAGUGGCUUCUUUGCCACCACCCUGCUGAGCCGCCCAUUUAUCCAGAUUCUAUGGGUAGUACGAGAUAUCAUAUUUUACGGUACUGCUCUUCGAGCGACUCCUGAAAUCAUUCAUCCGGAUGACAACCAUCUCUUUCGGGUUCUCAACUGCGAGGCAGAGCACCAGCUGUUGAGCUAUAUCUAUUCGACAGAAGAUUCAUCGGAUUGUUCGAGUCCCGGCCUAGAAUACCACCCUAUCGAAGAAGUCUCACGCGUGUCUUCCAUUUGUUUUCUCAACUACUUUCUCAUCGUCUCGCCUCCUUCAUCGGGUCUUGGUCGUGCCCUAACAAGGCACCUGGUCAAGGCUGUGAGCAACUGCAAGCUCUCUCUCCUUCUUCCACUAUCCAAAAAAAGGUUUGGACUCUUUGCCUGGGCUCUAUUCGUGGGAGCUCAAGGCUCUCUCGGUCAAAACGAGCGAUCUUGGUUCGUGGAGCGGCUGGCCCACGUCGCAAUGAUAUGCAAAUGGCAAUCCUUUGAGCAGGUAUCGAACAUCAUGUUGGGCUACUUUUAUAUACCAGACACGCACAGCAUCACAUGGCGAUCUAUUUGGGACGAGGCGAUGACAAGGCCUGUGAUAUCUUCGGAUGAAGCAUAA